AUGAUGAUUGUGAAAAACUAUUUAGAAAGCAGGUUUGUGAAGAAAGAGGAUGUCAUCAGAUCCGGUGAAACACUUGAAUUCGAUGCUUAUGUAGUUGACAUUGGGGAUCCUCAUGGAGAUCACAAAUCUAUACCUAAUUUGAAUUUCCAAGGAAGAGAUAAAAAGAAUGCUAAUUCAGGGAAGAAUAAAGCACCAUCAAGUAAUCUGAGUCCAUCACAAAAAAUUAUCAGAGGUUAUUUUGAUCAUAUUCAUCAUCUCUUCAUCUUCAUUUGCAAAGUGAAACAAGUUUGCAGUAUUAUCUGUUUAUUCCCGAGUGUGAGGUGUUCUCUCAAUGAUCUUAUUGACAAGGAUAAUGGUAUUAUUUUGAAAACUAUAGAGUUCAAGAAGAGUGAACGGGUCAAGUAUGGUGCACCACCAAGCUGUCCUGAUACGACAAAAACUAGCAUAAUAGAAUGGCAGGUCUUGUACACAAAGCAAAUAACUCAGAAGGCCAAGAAGUUUCGCGAUGGUGUCCUAAGGCUUGCAAGUUGUGGAUCGUCAGGGAGGCAGGGGAUUAUCAGGUAUGACAUGUUUGCAUGGGUUGUUGGUAGCCACGUUGUCGGGCCCUUCAGUACCACCAAUGGCAUUAUGAUCAUGCUGUACGAUGCAACCAGGACGCUCUUAGAUAGCGGAUUUCUGAAAAUGGAUGAAAUAAUCAUAUCUGGUGAAUCAUUAGCAUUUGAUGCUCACUUGGUGGACAUUGGAGAGAUUGAAUGUGACCAUAAAUCUCCAAUGGACUUGAAAGCUCCAGAAAAAAAACUUCAAGAACUACAUUUGUGGUAUAUUCCUCGGUACGUGGAUUUGUCACUUGGCCUUUGUAUCCUGGAGAUUUUAUGCUGGAAUCCCCUCCUUUCCAUAUAUACCGUGUUAACAGGAAAGGACUUACAACACUAUCAAGCAAUUCAUGAUUUACAUGGAGUAACUCCACUAAAACUGCAGGGAAUUGACAUAAAGGUUACUCUAUUGACUGAAGAUGGGACCGUUUUGAGCCAUAAAUUCCUCAAGUUAUCAGAAGAUGUGACUACUGGAAGUGCAUUAAAACUUUCAAAUUACUUGGUGGAGGUUGGUGAGCCACGGAGGAGUCAUAAAGGCAAAGUUCUGCUCUAA